AUGCAGGGAGACCGAUCCUCUAGACGCGGCGGCGGCCGGCCCCCACGGGACAGGGACCACCAGUCCGGGCGCAGAGGAGGAGGAGGAUACAGAGACGAUCGCAACCAGGACCGCGACCGCAGACGAUACGACGAUGACCGCGACGACGACCGUGACGACAGACGGCGCUACCGAUCCAGAUCCAGAGAUAGGGACAGGGAAAGGGACAGGGGCAGGGGCGGAGGGAGACCCGGAAGAGACCAGGACAGCAGGCGUGACCGCUCCAGGUCGCGCGACAGACCGCAUCGCGACGGCCGCCCGCCACGCGACGCGCACGAUUCCCGCCGUGGGCGAGACUCCGAUGGCAGGGAUGCGAGGAACAGGGGCAGUGGGACACCUAGACACAGAGAUGAUCCUCGCCGGAGGUCGGCAUCGCCCCGACGCAGCGGCAGCCCUGCCACGGCAGACUUGCCCCACCGAGGCAAAGGCGGCGGAGAUAGGUCCAACACGAACUCCUCUAUGUCAUUCAAGGUCUCACGGCAAGACGGCGAGCGUGAUCGCGGUCGUCCAAGGGACGAGGAGGAAGAGAGCUACCCCGAUGACCGUGAACGGCGGGGCCGGAGAGACGAUGACGACGAAGGUGCCGAGCCAAUGGACCAGGACGAAGAGGACAUUGACGUCGAGGACGACGGCAUGGAUGACGACAUGGCAGCGAUGAUGGGCUUUGGGGGGUUCGGCACCACCAAGGGAAAGAAGGUGGUCGGCAACAACCUCGGCGCCGUGAGGAAGGAGAAGAAGACCGAGUACCGCCAGUACAUGAACCGUGUCGGAGGUUUCAACAGGCCUCUCAGUCCCGGCCGCUAA